AUGGUCGACCGCCCAAACAAACCCACCGCCCUGGCCACCACGCCCGGCCUGCCCCCGCAAGCCGUCGUCAACAUCACCCACUCAAACUCCCGCGUCAACGCGACCCUGCCCACCGGCGAGUCCCUCGAGAUCCUCCUCCACGGCGCCACCAUCCUCUCCUGGAAAGACGCCUCCGGCCGCGACCGCCUCUGGCUGUCCGAGUCCACCGUCUUCGACGGCUCCAAGCCCGUCCGCGGCGGCAUCCCCCUCGUCUUCCCCGUCUUCGGCCCCCCCUCCGACGCGCACCCGCCCACCGCCAAGCUCUCCCAGCACGGCUUCGCCCGCUCCUCCCGCUGGGAGUUCCUCGGCAAGUCCACCAGCGAGGGCUCCGACACCUCCUCCGUCAAGCUCGACUUCGGCCUCUCCACGGCCAACCUCGACGACGAGACCAAGAACAAGUGGGGUUACAAGUUCGGCGCCAUCUACAGCGUCACCCUCGACCGCGAGAACCUGUCCACGUCGAUCGUCAUCACCAACGAGGGCGAGGAGGCCUUUGAUUGCCAGGUCCUCAUGCACACCUACCUGCGCGUGGGCGACAUCACAAAAGUCAAGGUCCAAGGCCUCGACGGCGCCCCCUACACCGACAAGGUCGACUCGGGCGCCGACAAGACGCAGUCCGGCGACAUCACCAUCGAGUCCGAGACGGACCGCAUCUACACUCCGACAGCGGGCCCCAAGACCCCCGUCACAGUCCUCGAGGACGGCGAGACCGUCUUCUCCGUCGUCCGCGACAACCUCGAAAACGUCGUCGUCUGGAACCCCUGGGUCGAGAAGGCGCAGGGCAUCGCCGACUUCGCUCCCAAGGACGGCUACAAGAACAUGCUCUGCAUCGAGCCCGGCUCCGUCAAGGGCUUCCAGAAGCUGGAGCCCGGCGAUGCGUUUGAGGGUGCCCAGGUCAUUACUGCGCACUGA